GUAUUUCCUCUGCAUGCAUCCUCUGAUCUGCCUGCGCUGCGAGGAACCAUCUGCAGCUCCAAAACCAGCAGGAGGACAAAAGGAGGUGAAGAGGAGUCCCAGUCAUGGAAGAGGCCUGAUGAAGAAGUGUGUUCACAUCAGUUCAUUCAUGCCCAUAAGAGGAAAGCUGAGUCACCUGUGAUGUAACAAACAGUUGGAGUUGAACUCCUCAUCCUCCUUCUCCUGGCUGUUAGGGGGCGGGGCCUCUGUCCUGUUUAUUCUCUCUUUCUCCAUCUCUCUUCAUGCUUGUUUCUCCAGAAACACAGCAGCAGGAGGAAGACCAGGAGGAGGAUCAGCUGGAGCUGCCAGGCUGAGAGGAGGUGACAGAGGAGGAGGCGAAGGCAGCAGGGUCAGUCUGCAGAGGCAGGAGGCUGAGGAGGAGCAGAACCUGCAGGAUCUGCAGCUCCUGCAUCUAGAAGGUAGAAAAAGAAGUACUCAGGACUCCUCAAACGCUGCGUGGAAACCAGGGAGAGUUGAAAAGAGGAGCUGUAAAGAGGGAGGCUCAGCAGCUGGACUUUCAGUCGCUGCUGGGACGCCGAGCAUUUCCAGGCAGCCAACCUAACGCUGAUCUCAACGACCAGCAGGACCACAGCCGCCAGAUGGAUUUUAAGGCCAACCUUAAGGGCGUCAAAGGCAAGGUGGAGGAGAAGGUGAACUCCCCUCAAAAGGUUGACUUUAGGAGCGUGUUGGGGAAGAAGAGCCCCGCCGGCAGCAGUGGGAACAAACCCACAGAAACACCUUCCAAGAGCUCUGGAGACCUCCGCUCUGUCCUCAACAAGAAGAAGACCACCAGCCCUGAGAAGAACGGAGAGAGCGAGAAGGUGAACAACUGCGUGGAUGGAGGGAUUCACGACCAGAAGACUGGAGGAGGAGGAGGGGUAGCCCCGGAGUUCGUGGAGAAGCUGAAGGACGUGGCGGUGCUGGACGGUCAGCGGCUCCGGCUGGAGUGUCGCCUCUCCUCCACCACUGCUGCUGAUGUCACCAUCACCUGGACGCUGGACGGGAAGGUCAUCAAACCGUCCAAGUUCAUCGUCCUGGCCAACGAAGGCGGCCUCUGCUCUCUGACCAUCGACAAAGCUCUGCCUGAGGAUGAAGGCCAGUAUAAAUGCAGAGCAGAGAGCUCAGCUGGCAGAGCAGAGUGUUCCUGCAUGGUUCUAGUUGACGAUCCACCAGAAAACUCCCCGACAGACAAGAAGUCGAAGAAGGCAGCUCCCACCUCUGAGAGUGAAGCCAGGAUAAAGAAGCCAACUCCAAAGACUCCUCCUAAACAAGCUCUGCCGCCUCAAAUCAUGCAGUUCCCAGAAGACAUGAAGAUCCUUGCAGGAGAAAAGGUGGAGAUCCUCUGCAAGUUCUCAGGAGCUCCGCCCCUCACCUGCACCUGGCUGAAGUUCAGGAAACCGAUCCAGGAAGGCUCCUCGGACAUCUCCAUAGAGAACAGCGACAGCAGCAGCAAGCUGACCAUCAGCAGCGGGCAGCAGGAGCACUGCGGCUGCUACACCGUGGAGCUGAAGAACAGCUACGGCCUCCGACAGGCGGCGCUCAACCUCACCAUCGUUGAUAAACCCGACCCCCCGGCCAAGGUCCCGGCAGCCUCAGACAUCCGGCGCUCCAGCCUGACCCUGUCGUGGUACGGACCCACCUACGACGGGGGCAGCGCCGUGCAGACCUACCACCUGGAGAUCUGGGACUCUGUGGAGCAGCAGUGGAAACAGCUGGUUUCCUGCAACAGCACCUCCUACAACGUCCAGAACCUUCUCCCAGAGCGACAGUACAAGUUCCGAGUCCGAGCUCAGAACAUUUAUGGGAUUGGAGAGCCGAGUGCCGAGUCUGAAGCUGUGACAGUGGGACUGGUGGACGACGACAACCAGGAGGAAGUGGAGGUAGAGGAGGAUGAUGAAGAAAAAGAACCAGAGUACAGAGACGUGAUCAUCAGAACCGACGUGAAGGUGAAGGAGUUGUACGACGUGGAGGAGCGGCUGGGAACGGGGAAGUUCGGUCAGGUCUUCAAGCUGGUGGAGAAAUCCACCAAGAAGGUUUGGGCAGGAAAGUUUAUCAAAGCGUACUCGGCCAAGGAGAAGGAGAACGUCCGGCAGGAGAUCGGCAUCAUGAACAGCCUCCAUCACCCCAAACUGGUGCAGUGUGUGGAUGCCUUCGAGGGCAAGUCGGACAUCGUCAUGGUGCUGGAGAUGAUCUCAGGCGGCGAGCUGUUUGAGCGAAUCAUCGAUGAAGACUUUGAGCUGACAGAGAGGGAGGUGAUUAAAUACAUGCUGCAGAUCAUCGGCGGCGUCAAUUUCAUCCACAAACAGGGGAUCGUCCACCUGGACCUCAAACCCGAGAACAUCAUGUGUGUCAACAAGACCGGCAGCAAGAUCAAACUUAUCGACUUCGGCCUGGCCCGCCGGCUUGAAAACGCUGGAACUCUGAAGGUUCUGUUUGGGACUCCAGAGUUUGUGGCUCCUGAAGUGAUCAACUAUGAAGCCAUCAGUUACCCCACAGACAUGUGGAGCAUAGGAGUCAUCUGUUACAUCCUGCUCAGCGGUCUCUCUCCAUUCAUGGGCGACAACGACAACGAGACUCUGGCCAACGUCACCUCGGCCACCUGGGACUUUGAGGAUGAGGCCUUUGAUGAAAUCUCUGAGAACGCCAAAGACUUCAUCACCAACCUGCUAAAGAAGGACAUGAAGGCUCGGCUGAGCUGUCCUCAGUGUUUUGAACACCCGUGGCUGAAACAGGACACCAACACCAUGAAGACCACCAAGCUGUCCAAGGAGAGGAUGAAGAAGUACAUCCUGAGGAGAAAGUGGCAGAAAACUGGUCACGCCGUUCGAGCUAUCGGCCGACUCUCCUCUAUGGCCAUGAUGGCUGGCGUCAGUGCCAAGAAGGGCUCGCCCACCGAAGAGGAUAAUCAGUUCCUGGAGUGUUUGGAGUAUGAACAGAAGACGGAGUGUAAACCCACCUUUACCUCCGUCAUCAAAGAUGUAGAGGUGGUGGAGGGCAGCGCUGCUCGCUUUGACUGCAAGAUAGAAGGAUACCCUGACCCUGAGGUGGUUUGGUACAAAGAUGACCAGCCAAUCAAAGAGACCCGACACUUCCAGAUCGACUACGAUGAGGAAGGAAACUGCAGUCUGGUCAUUUCAGAGGUUUCAGGUGACGAUGAUGCCAAGUACAUGGUGAAAGCUGUCAACAGUCUGGGCGAAGCAACGUGCACAGCUGACCUGCUGGUGGAGGUGAUGGCUGAAGAGGAGGAGGAAGAGGAGGAGGAAUGAAGAUCCGUGUAGGACGAGUCAGGGGGCCGCUGAUCCUCAGCCUGUCAGACCUGAGCAGGAGAAAUUUUACCCACGGUGGUAGGGGGUGUUGAAGGUGCAGGUGGGCGGAGUUUCACUGAAGGUUUGAUCCUGUUAUCAGGCUGUGAUAUAAGAAUCAUCCGAUGCAUCAGGAAAUUAUCAGUUUCCCUCUAAAAACCAACAUGAUAAAGGAUCAGGAUACGGUUCGGUCUUUACCCACAAUGCAUUCUGAGACCCCUGGUGGAUUUGCAAAGGGGAAAACAUAUUAAUACAGUGUUAGCUAAAAAAAAAAGGUUUAGAUAAACAGAAGUUAAGUAAUGAAUGAUGGUUAACUGAACACAGCAAUCAUAAUUUAAUGAUUCAGUCUAUGAGCAUUUAAAGCAGUAAUGAUGUUGGUCUGGAGGGUUCAAAGAUUCAGGAUAAUUCAGCCAUUAGUGAGAUAAAACAUCAUGAUGAUGGAGUAACGAUCUGCCGGAACCACCAACUGUUGGAAAUUAUAUCAGAGCAAAAUAGAAAAUAAUUUGACUUUAAUGUCAGUAGAGUUUUCUUCUAUUGUUUUAACAAAUUGUCUCUGCUGUUAGCCUGACUCCAUUAGAAAUGUUAUUUCUCAUUAAAUGAGGCUCCCUUUGGCAGAGAAAUGCCUUCAUGGAUGGAGAAGCAGAGCUGGUUUUAUGGACAGAUGCUGAACAGAUGACUGAAGAACAGGUGAACGCUGUUAUUUAAAUACAUUCAAUAGACUUUUUUUUUAUCAACAUUGCCUUUAGUGAAUGAUAGCAAACAACAGGAUAAGAUUUUAACCCAAACACUCAACUCUACUGCUCACAUAUUAAUUUCCCUACAAAUGUGGCUCCAUUUCAGGAGAAAGAA